CAAGGACUGCUGCAACUGACGUUGGCGCAUUGCCGGCACCGCUGGCUGGCCGUACUGCAUCGCGAACCAGCCGCCUAGUGCUGCGCCAGGAGCACGUUUCGGAUAUUGCGGUUCAAGCUCUGGCGCUGGCCUGGUCGACAAUCCCCACAAGCGGGCAUGUGACGGAGCUUAUGGCGGAGUUAUGGCGUUUGGCGAUGGAUGUAGGUCGGCAUGUCUGCCUGCAUGCUGAUGAAAGCACCUGCCGAGGACUGGGGGAAGCGCUCCAAGAGGCGCUGAGCCCAUGGGAUCCACACGGCAAAGCCUCAUCCAGCUGGGCGCCGUCACCGGUACCUCGCCCGUCUGUGGCCGCAGCAAUCGCAGCUGGCCUGCUGCCCUGGCUGGAUAGCCUGUUGCGGCGUCACAGCGCGGAAGUUGGCUCGGAAUGCCGCGAGGAACAAAUCCUUCAUACUUUCUUGGAUGGAGGCCUCGUAAGGGAAGCCAAGACCUGGCUCGACCUCUUUACAUAUUCUGGACCGCGCCAGGCGGCAUCGUGGGUGAUGACACACGCCAAAUUGCUGCGGCUUGAGAGAGGAUAUCUGUCUGCUUGCGCCAAGAACUGCACGGGCGUCAUUCUCGAGCACAUGGAAGAGUUGGCGUCCGGUCCGCUAGCUGAAACCCUGGCGCCCGAGGGCGCCCCUGCUGGCGAUGAUUUCGGGCAGCCAGCGGGGCUUCAGCAACUGGGUCGGUUGGUUUCCUUUGCGGUAUGCGAGUGGCUGCCAACCGCCUCACUCCUCCUCCGGCAGCUGGUGUUGCAGUGUGCCAUUGUUGGACCCCCUCAGGAGCCAGGGAAUUGGGGCACGUACAUUGCUCCGCUGGCGCGCUGGCUAUCUGGGCUGGCGCUGUCCUGCAAGGGCCGCAGCGGCGAUGCAGACUGCGCGGGCAGCAGCAGCAGCAGCAGCGGCGGCGGCAGCUGGGUUUCCUUCCUGCUUCGCGAGGUGGCGGUGGUGCCGCUGCUGGGCUCGCUGCUGCACCUCUGUAGCUGCUUUCCGUCGGACAAGGGGGCGGACCUAGCUGAGCUCCUGGACUGCUGCGGCGUGGUGGCGGGUGCCUUUCCGCAGGAGGUGCAGGCGGCAGUGCGGGAGGCCGAGCAGGCAACCAUUGCGCCGCCGGUGUUCGGCUGGCCGCCAGUGCUGGUGCGCGGCUUGGCGCCGAAGCUGCUGCAGAGCGGGCGUGGGGAAGCGGCAGACGCCGCAUUGGCGCUGGCAGGCCGGCUGGAGGCCUGGGGUUCUGACAGAGGCGCCGGGGGCAGUGCCGUGGGCUUCACUUGUGUGCCGGAGCGGCUGCGGCAGCGGGCUAGUGAGCGGGGCAUGUCGGUGCCGGACGUGGUGGGGGUCAUGCGGCGGUUCCUGGUGCCGCCGGCGGAGGCACGCCGCCUGCUGCGCACGUGCAGCAACCCCGCCUGUGUCAACCUGAAGGGGGACAGCGAGGCGGAGCUGCCGCUGAAGGCGUGCGCGCGGUGUGGAGGGGCGUGGUACUGCUGCCGGGAGUGCCAGACGGCGCAUUGGCGGGCGGGGCAUAAGGAGGCGUGCGUGCGGCGACAGGGGGCUGCUCAGGGUGCUGCACAGGGGUGAGGGAAGGCGGAUGAGCGGAGCUAGCCGCCCUGUUUGGAAUUGAACUUACAGCCAGCGGGCGUUACGGGUGUGCAUUGUUGGGGUCUUUAGGAUGCAGGCAUUUUAGGAUAACCGUCAUUGUGAGCGGGUACUGGCUUGGGACUGAUCGUACAUACAGGUGUCGUACUCUAGCAGGGCGGAAGAAGCUAUGCCCAGAUGGUUGUGUUGACUUUUGCAACGUAAGCCCUUUAUAUGCUUAGGUUGACUGGAGGCAUUGUCUAUGUCAACGGUUAUUGCCAUUAUAUUCUAUUGCCAUAUUGCAGGUGUAGCAUGUUUUAAGUAACAGCUGGAGGCAUUUUGCCGGCCCAACACUGUCAGUGCAGUAGGAGGAUGCCAUAGUUUGGGGAUGAAUGAAAAGCACUGAGCCGUGUUGAUGACUGUUUGGGGCAGGCACGUGUUGUUGUUUUUGCUGUAGCUACUGCAGGCUACUGGUCACCUUACAUGCUUCAUCCCCGGAUGCAGUGCUGUUUGGCACUGCUUAGCCCCUGCGGCCUGUUGCUUGCCGCUGCUUCUAGGAGUUUGCCAUGCGCUGGUAGCUGUGGUAUGGUCGGACUCAUGACACUGCUUGUCAUUACUUCUAUGUCUCGCCCCAUGCCCCAUGUUUUGGCGGCUAGCUUGCCUCCUUCCUUGGCAUGCGGAUGCGGGUUUACUGUUUACCUUGCUUUGUGUUUUGUUAUGGACGUGGCGUUGCAAAAGUGGGGUGUUCAACCUAGCUCCGUGUGAUGUCCCACGCAGGGUCUUUUUAGUCCUUCGGAAGCACUAAUACCUGUCUUGCCAAUUGUCGCACUACUAGUUAGCUACUACUAACAGCUCAUUGGCCUAGUACCGGUAUGGCCUUGCUGGGGAUAGCAAGGAAUACCGUAGCGCUGCACAAUAGCUUAGAUAGGAAGAGCACUUUGCGGGUUAUGGUAUGUGUUUGGAGGAUCGCUUGGUUCUUGGGGUGCUACGGUAGGCGAGAAAGGCGUGAGGAGGCAGCAGCAAUCGGCAUUUGGACCAUGCACAUGUCAUGGUUGGGGCUUUGUGGCCUGUACAGGGCGCCCGCCCGGCCGGCAUACCGUAUGGGAGCUCACGGUGAGCUGCUCACCCAUGCCCGAGCUCAUCCUCCUUGGCUGCUACCGUGACGGAUCGUUGGUAGGCAUCAUUCGUUUGCCUUGACACCAGCAUGGAUGUUGGGCCAAGGAAACGUGCUUGGCGUUCAGUGGUGGCUUGUGUGCAUCGAGUGUUGCGAAUAUGGAGGCUAUGUCUUGGCAACCCAA